GCCGGCAAGUGCAGCUCGCCGUCAGGAGCCGGAUCGACGAGAGGAACCGCGGCGGAGCCGGGAUGCGCGGCGACAUCCUCCUACUUGUGCUGCUGCUCCAGCACGGGGCACCCGGAGAGGCUGAAACGGCCUGCAAGUGCAGCAGAAAGUGGCCGUGUCACUGCGAUGGCAUCAAAGGACAGAAGGGGGAGCCCGGCUACAGGGGCUACGACGGUCUGCCCGGACUCAUCGGUUACCCUGGCGACGAGGGGAGCCAAGGACUGGAGGGCUUCCAGGGUCAGCGGGGUUCGGCGGGACGUGUUGGAGUCAAAGGUUCUCGGGGCCUCCCUGGCCCGUCUGGUUUUCCGGGCCCUCCGGGCCUUCCGGGACUUCCGGGCGGAGCCGGACCGCCGGGGCCGCCGGGACUUCCGGGAUGCAACGGGACACAGGGUCAAGACGGCUUCCCCGGCUACCCCGGAAUUCCCGGAGCGCUCGGCUUACGAGGUCGCCCGGGACCCCGAGGAGAAAAGGGAGACUCGCUCGUCUUUCCCACUUCCGCGGGCAUCCGAGGUGCUCGGGGAUCACCGGGACCGGAUGGUGAGCAGGGCGCCAGCGGCGAGCCGGGUCAUCCGGGUGCGCCGGGCCCAUCGGGACCGGCCGGAAUUCCGGGACGUCCGGGUCAGCAGGGGUCUCCGGGAGAGAAGGGUCAAGAGGGACCCAGUCCAGUCAGUCCCGGUCCACAAGGCCCCAAGGGAGAACGAGGACCCGCCGGAAAUCCGGGACAAAGAGGAAUCAAAUUGUACGCUGAGGGUCCCAAAGAACUCAAGGGCGAACCGGGUGAUGUAGGAGCCAAAGGUUGUGCUGGACUUUCUGGUCUGGCGGGAAGGCCGGGAGUCAAAGGAGAGGCUGGACAGCGAGGGGAGCCGGGCGCACCGGGAAAAGCAGGAAAGGACGGCCUCCCUGGGGAACUGGGUCUGCCGGGGGAACCGGGGCCUCGUGGCUACGUGGGACCUCCGGGCAUUGAUGGAGGACGGGGCGAGAAAGGCGACAUUGGUCUUCGUGGUCUUCCGGGCGAGAUAUUUUUCAAGCACACAUUGGUCCCGGGUCAGAUGGGAGCUCCCGGGCGACCCGGAUCUCCAGGAGCCCCCGGAGAGCCGGGACUCGUGGGCUUUCCAGGACUGCGGGGGGAGCCAGGGGAAGGGCCUAAUGGUCCACCGGGCCCUCGAGGGCCGCCGGGCUUCGCGGGACCUAAAGGAGAGCGAGGAGAGCCUGGGCCGGUCGUCAUCGGGCCUCCGGGACCUGACGGUGUCCCGGGCGGUGCCGGACCCGAGGGAGAACCGGGAGAACCCGGAAUACCAGACUUCCGGCAAGGCGGUGUCGGGGCACCAGGUGAGAGAGGUCGGAAAGGCCUCAUCGGACCGCCCGGGACCAGGGGACAGGAAGGGUCUGAAGGUGAUAAGGGGGACGUGUGUGUCGUCUGUCCUGUUGUUGCGGGGCCCCCCGGACCGCCAGGUGAACCAGGGGAACCAGGCUCAGAUGGGCUCAAAGGUGAAUCUGGCGCUCCAGGGUCCAAAGGUGAAAGAGGACCAGAAGGUUUUGCUGGAUCACCUGGUCCACAGGGCCUCUUUGGCGUCCCGGGACUGCCGGGACGUCCCGGUCUAACGGGGGACCCGGGCAUCAUGAGGAGGAUUGGGCAGAAGGGGGAAGUCGGGGACACAGGAAACUUUGGGGCUCCGGGUCGUGAAGGUGAAGAAGGACUUCCUGGAAUCCCAGGACCCAAAGGCAGUCCUGGACUAAAGGGAAACCCUGGACCUCAAGGAUCAAAAGGUGAAAGGGGUCCUAUUGGAAUUACUGGUUUCAGAGGACCAUCUGGACAAAUGGGACCACCGGGGCCACCUGGAAUCGGGCCUCCUGGACGACCGGGUCCACCGGGGAAUGUGGGAGUUUUGGGCCAGCCUGGGCAGCCCGGUGAACCGGGAGAAAAAGGUUCUCCUGGUGAAAUCAGAACCAGUCUGGGAGAUCCCGGCCAGAAAGGAGCAAAAGGUUCUUAUGGGAAUCCUGGAUCGGAAGGAGUGAUGGGUCCUCCUGGAAAUCUAGGGUUGGCGGGGCGGAGGGGAGAAAGGGGACAAAAAGGAUUCACUGUACAGGGCCCUCCAGGCUUUCCAGGAGUCAAAGGAUUCAAAGGCCUAGCAGGAGCCCCAGGUGUGCCAAGUUAUGGAAGUAAGGGGCGUUCCGGACCGUCGGGACCUCCGGGAAGACCCGGGCCCAAGGGCAACGCUGGCUUUGGUUUUCCGGGCCAGCAGGGCCAAUUGGGGCCGCAAGGAGAGGAAGGCUCAGUGGGAUUGCCAGGGUCGCAAGGGUCACAAGGAGCUGUUGGACUUCCAGGAUCCAAAGGACAAGAUGGAGCACCAGGUCCCAAAGGUUCCCGGGGUCUGGAUGGGCUUCCCGGACCACCUGGUCCCUUUGGACCUUGCUUUUUAGGCGCGCCUGGACCCGUGGGCCAGCCGGGGCCCAUGGGUGUCAUUGGCUUCACAGGUGGACGGGGUCUGAAGGGAGAGAAAGGUGAUCCUGGUCAACCCGGAAUGGGAGCUCUUGGGCCACAAGGACUGUCGGGGGUCCCUGGUUUUGAUGGAACUCCAGGUCCACCGGGAAGCAUUGGUUUGAAGGGACAGGCUGGGACCCCUGGACAGCCAGGAAAUCCAGGUAUCAGUGGGUACUCUGGUCUACCAGGGCCCCGAGGGAUUCCAGGGAGCCUAGGGACACCAGGAGAGCCCGGAAGCCCCGGGCCAAAUGGCCAAGAAGGUGUCAAUGGUGCCACGGGUUCACAGGGGCCACCUGGACCUCAGGGAGACCGAGGAGAAACGGGACCUAAAGGAAUGCAGACCACUGUGCAGAUGAUUGGAGAUCCCGGAGGUCCAGGAGAGCCUGGACUUGUAGGUCCAACUGGCGCUAAGGGCAAUCAAGGUGCCACGGGGCCUCCGGGUCUUGACGGCACCGACGGCAGACCAGGAAUAGCCGGACACCAAGGACCUCCUGGAGAACCAGGUAGAGAUGGAGAAAUGGGUCCUCCCGGUUCCUGCGGUCCCCCUGGCAACUUGGGUGACAUGGGACUACCCGGUCGCAAAGGCGAAAAAGGCUCCGCGGGGCCCUGUGGAGAAUCUGGUUUUAAUGGAAAUGAUGGGGCGGAAGGACUGAAAGGCGCAAAAGGGGAACCUAGUCUACCUGGACCUGGACCUAAAGGAUAUCCUGGAGAAAAGGGACAGCCAGCUUGCGCAGGUCCCGCUGGUACCAAAGGAAUGCCAGGAGACAGAGGAGACUUUGGUCCUCCGGGCGCUCGUGGUCUCGGUGGCCCUAAAGGAAAUGCCGGACUGCCUGGUUGCAGAGGUCUUCCUGGUUCUCCUGGUGAAAAAGCUUGUGAUGGACCUCCUGGGGUCAGUGGACCUCCAGGACCGAGCGGUCUUACAGGUAACAAGGGGACCCCUGGAGAUCCGGGUCCAUCUGGCCCCAGAGGAAACCAGGGACAAGAUGGCAUACCGGGACCUCCUGGAGAGAAAGGAGCCAUGGGAGAACCUGGAACUGGCGCGAGGGGACCUGACGGGAAAAAGGGUUCACCGGGCUGCGUCGGAGAAAGAGGACCUCCUGGUACUUGCGGUCAUCCGGGGCCUCCUGGCCCUCAAGGAAAUCCGGGUUGUCCUGGUCCACCUGGGUCACCUGGACCCGCUGGUCUUCGUGGCAGCCAGGGACCUUGCAUUGCAGGAGAAAAAGGAGCAAAAGGACUGCGAGGACAGCAGGGACCAAGAGGUCAACCGGGCUGUCGAGGCCCUCCUGGACCGCCGGGACCUGGUCUGAAAGGGGAGAAAGGCUCUAAAGGGGCAACCGGUAACACGGGAAGCCCAGGUUGCCACGGUGAUCCUGGCCCGCGAGGCAGCCCGGGUGCAGAUGGAGCGCCUGGAGCACCGGGUCCCAAAGGCCUAAUGGGAUACACUGGGGCUACAGGACCAGUCGGCAUUAAGGGUGACGACGGUCGGAUGGGCAUCAAAGGCUUGUGCGGACCUGCGGGACCAACAGGGAGACAAGGACCGAGGGGGAAGGACGUGUCCAGGGAGGUGGUGGUUUUGGCAGGAGACCAAGGUUUGCCCGGAGAUCAGGGACUGCCCGGACAACCAGGGGCCCCGGGAACUCGAGGGAGAAACGGCGAUCCAGGUCCAAAAGGAGGGCGAGGGGGCCCCGGCCGAACGGGAGUUCCUGGUUUCACUGGACUGAAAGGGGACACCGGAGACAGAGGGGACCCUGGAAUGAAAGGUGUCGCGGGUCCAAGAGGUCCCAGGGGCGCCAAGGGGGCACAGGGUCCAGCGGGGUCGUGCUCGGACGCUCCCGAGAAAGACGGCUUCCUGUUCGCCCGACACAGUCAGAGCGUCCUGGUACCGGAAUGCCCUGCGGGAUCCGUCAAGGUCUACAGCGGCUUUUCCCUGCUCUUCAUCAACGGCAACAACCGAGCUCACGGGCAGGACUUGGGAGCUCUGGGUAGCUGUCUUCCUCGGUUUACCACCAUGCCCUUCCUCUUCUGUAACACGCACAGCACCUGCCGCUACGCCGCACGCAACGACUACUCCUAUUGGCUGUCCACCGACCAGUCGGGCCACGGCAACGUUCCCUUCAUUUCGGGCCCAAACCUGAAGAAUUACAUCAGCCGGUGCACGGUGUGCGAGUCCCCCGCCAACGUGAUGACGGUUCAUAGUCAGACCCGUUUAGUUCCGGAGUGCCCCUCCGGCUGGGAUCCCCUGUGGGCCGGAUUCUCCUUCGUCAUGGAAACUGGAGUGGGCGCGGAGGGUUCGGGUCAGCCCCUCUCGUCGCCCGGAUCCUGUCUGGAGAACUUCCGCAAGAUUCCCUUCAUCGAGUGUCACGGCAGAGGAACGUGCAACUUUUACACCGACUCGUAUUCGUACUGGCUGGCUGCCCUGGACCCGCUUCAGAUGUUCAGCAAACCUCGGCCUCGGACAGAAAGCGGCGACUUUCCGGACGAUUUGAUCAGCCGUUGUAGAGUCUGCGCCAAACGACUGUGAACGCUGACGGAGACCGUUCGGUCGGUCACUGGGGGGCGCUAAUGGGCGGUCGCGCGGACGCGAGUGGAUGAGAACGCUACUACCGCGAGUUAAGAUGCUGUGCUAUGAGUAGAGCGGCUCAGGUAAAAAAUGGCCUCACCUCAUAAAUUUCUGUGGAUCACGCAAAGGAAGGCCUGGCUUAUAAAAUGUCGACCGCAAUUAGUGGAUGGACGUGAGUCACAGCUCCCACGCCAGGAAAAAAAACGGACAACUUCAUGGAACGUGUCAAAUGUUUCAAAAGAUUCCCCCCAAAAAUGGUCUCUCUAGACCAAGGCUGUCAAACUUAUUUUGGUUCGCCGGCCAUUAGAUCUGACGUGGGCCGGACUCCUUUAUUUUUGGUGAGAUGUGAAGUGAAGUUGCUAGUUGCCAUUAACGUCGCUAGACAUCCGAUGGACGUCUAGCGCCGUCAAUGGCACUGAAAGAGGAGCAUCCUCAACCAGUCCUCCCAGUUCAAGUCAAUUGGACAGCUAUUGUUGUCAAUUGAAGGCCAUGAAAUCAUUUUGCGUCACUUCCUUGUCAUUUCAGGGUACUUAUACAAGUCACUUUCUUGUAAAUUUUGAACCAAUUCCUAUUGGCAUUUCCGGGCCACUUCCUGUUCAUGGGUCGCUUUCCUGUUGAUUUUGGUGCAUUUCCAGGUUGUUUCCUUUUGUGUCACUUCCUGUUGUUUUUGAUUUGUUUUUGGGCCAUUUCCUUGCAAACUCAUGGACGGUGCCAUUUUGAUCGGGACUGGGCGAAUGAACAAAUGUGGCUCCUUUACUGCACCCAUGUCAAAAUAAAAGCUUGUGAUUGUGUAUGUACAGUAUGGAUGUCCUGCUUGCCUGUCUGUCAGGCAGAACAAACCCUACUGGCGACCACGAGCCCCUUUUUAAUGGUAAAUGAUGAAAAUGGAAUUGAAUAUGACCCGCACAAUAAGCUUGCGCACAGACUCCUCUCUGUUCUACUUCUCAGUUUCAACACUAGAUGGAGCUAGUCACUUAGCGGUGCCUCUGCGUUUAGCCGCAAGGACGGAACGAAUCCACUUGUCUCCCUCCUUUGUGUCACAAACAUUUGACGAACAUGUGCAAGAGAACAAGCGUAUAAAAUGUUAAAAUCAAGCUUGGAAAAUUUGGAGAGUUUCACUCGCGCUAGCAAAAUAGUCUCGACAAAUCUCAUUUUUCUGUGAAGGAUUGGAUGUCAUCAAUGCCAUCAAUGGCGGCAAAGUCACGAUAGCGAUGACUUUGCAUUCAAGUAUUGAAGGAAUAUGACCUUUUACCCAGAUUGCCGGAAUCACGCCAGCCGAACCGCCAGACUCGCGCUGGUGCAGAUCCAAUGACCCGGGCCCGCGAAAUUCCGACAACCCGGCCAAAAGGCCAAACUCCGUGCGUUCACCUUAGUCUUAACCAGGUGUACUGACUCCAUUUUGAAAGCUGGAAAAAGGCUUCGAAAAACAAGUCGACAAUUUAUUCGGGUCGACAGCGACCAAACGGCAAGGCGAAACAGAAACAGACUCAAGCGAGGAGGCAGACUCGUUCCAAGGUCACCAUCUCACAAGUCGACAAAAGGUUACCGAGAAAAACGACCGUAGCACCUCCGACGGCAAGCUUGCGUGUGGUCAUGUGACUUCCGAUUGCUAUCAUGGAGUCAUGUGACUGUUGUUGCAACGUCUGAAUCUGCUAGAGCCACUGCCGUCAUCGGCGCAAAAGUAAACAGGCGUAGUAAAUAGUACGGUGUGGUAAAACCAGAGGUAAAAGUGGCUACGAACUCCCUCACAUUAAGGUUGCUACGUUGCCAGAUUUUUUUUUUUCAUUGGGGGGUCAAAACCUUCUAAAACUACAGAAAUGCAAAGAAAACCUAAAGCACAAAGUAAAACACAACAGGUUUUAUACAUGCAUUAGGCUACUGAAUUACACUUACUGUAACAAGGCAUACAUGAUGAAGGGAAUAGUAAUAGUAUCCUCUCCCACAUUUGCUGUUUGUAUUACUCCAACACACCAAAUGUAAAAUAAAUAGCAUUUAAAUGAUAGUUUUAGAAAACAAGUAGAAUAUAUCGGAAGUAUGAGCGGAGUUGGAGUGAUUGGAAUUUGCCGCACCAAGACAACGGGCAGAUAAGGAUGCCUGCUGACUACGGAAGCCCAACGUGCGCGUCAAGCAGCUGACUGAGCAAGACUGACGCUGACUGUGCCAGUCAAAAUAUCUACAAGCCCACGUCUGGACCACCAAAUCCCACCAUCAGCUCUUCUGGUAACCAACAAUGGACAGUCCAGAACAAUUCAAGGACAUCCUCUCCUCUCACAUGGAACAUUAGAUAACGGAGGAACCCGCGACAGAGAACAUUCGGCACGCACGCAGCAAUGAGGGUGGCAUAAUCCUCAACUCUCGGGGUAGGGUUAGGGUUUUUGUACUGUUGUGGUUUUGUCGACCCUGGAGCCAGCUUUCCUCCUUGUCUGGGUCUAUUUGCUGUUUUGCAUUGCUGUCUGAUUGCUACCGAGUUGGAAUAAAUUGUCAACUUGUGUUUUGGUGCCUUUUUCCAGCUUUUAAAAUGGAGUCAGUACAAGGGGUUAAAGCUAAGGUAAGCGCGUGGAGUUUGGCCUUUUGGACGAGUUGUUGGAUUUCCGCCGGCCCGGGUCGUUUGAAUUGCGCCAGCGCAGUUUGGUUGGCGGGAUUCCGGCAUUCUGGCUAAAAGGUAAAAUUGCUACAAUAACAAACUGAUUGUUUAUUCAAAAUUUCAAAGAUGUGCAAAAAAAAAAAAAAAAAAAAAAAAAGAACUUACAUAAACAAAAAUAAUAAGUACACAUGACUUACAUUAGGCACAGUGAAAUUGAAUAUAUUUUGAAGAUAACGCAAACAUUGACUUUUUAUAUUAUAUAGAAAUAAAGAAUUAAAGAGAGUACCUUUUCUCGUAUGCGUUGUCUAACUGUUUGCAUUAUUCUAACGCAAUAUAAUCAAUCAGGGAUUAGUAUCGUUUCUCUGUAUUUACUGUUUGACUGUUUGUAUUACUCUAACACAGCCAAUACAAAAGAAAUAGCACUUAUACCGUAGUUUAAGGAAAACAAGCAGAAUAUAGGGCAUAAAGAUAUAUGAUGCCUUCUUAUCACGGAAGCCCAACAUGUGCGUCAUGCAACUGACUAAGCAAGACUGACGCUGACAAGCCCACGUCUGCUCCACCAACUCUCGCAAUCAGUUCUCCCGGACGGUCCAGAACAAAUGGCGAGACGCCCUGUCCCAACUCAAGGAACACCGCCCUAUAUCUAAAUGAUAACACGACUGACAAACUCCAAGAGCCCCUCUGAUGCUGAAGGGGCAAAAGCCCCAACCCUCGUUGCCCUGACAACAAUAACUCCUGAAUCCUCCUGCCAAAUCCACAAACAGACAAUAAUCCUAAAAACACCCUUCUUCCUGUACACAGCCCACCCCGCGGGAGCCUUCAAAAGACUGAAUGUUUAACUCAGGGGUGCCCAAGUUCGGUCCUCGAGAGCCCCUAUCCAGCUUGUUUUCCAUGUCUCCC